GUUUUUGGCAUGAAAUCGUUUGCUACGCUGAAAAGAACAAAAGAAAAAUCGAGAUAUUAUCUUCUGACCGCGAGACUCUUGAUAAGUUUUUUUCCCAUCAAGGACUUAUAUUUGCAUUUUUAUGAUAUAACGAUUACAUCACUGCCGCUGCUCUGACAUCGACAGUUCAAACAGCUGAGUGAAGGUUGAUCUUACCUGUUUACUAGGACUAACAGAAAAGCGAGGAGCUUGUGAGUUAGAGAAAUGGAGACGGAAACAGUUAAAAGCAGAACACUUCCACAAUACUCAGACAGCUCCCCGUAUGGUUCCAUCAACGGUAACAAUGGAACGACGGAAAACUCCAAAAAAGGUUUAUCUUUAUGGCUGGCCUCUAUCUUCAUCGUUGGUGAAAUGGCAGGCAGUGGAGUUCUCGCUUUGCCAAGAGCUGUGGCAGAUGCAGGUUGGGGUGGAAUCGGCUUGAUAUUCUUCUGCGGAGGGAUAUCCUUAUACUCCGGUAUCUGUUUGGGGCAUUGUUGGUCAAUGGUGGAGGAAAGAUACGAAGGGUACAAAGAGAAGAGCAGAUAUCCAUAUCCAUGCAUUGCGGAGAAAGCCUACGGAAUGAAAAUGAGAUAUUUUGUCUCGUUCUGUAUUGACAUUAAUCUUUUUGGAGUGGCAGUAGUAUUUUUACUUUUAUCCUCCCAGCUGAUUGGUACUUUAGCAGCGUCUUGGGGAAUUUCAUUUUGCUACUGGAUCCUGAUCUUUGCUGCCAUAUUGUGUCCUCUAAUGUGGCUUGGAACACCUGAAGAUUUUUGGCCUGCUGCAGUGAUAGCUCUCGGAACUACAGUUACUGCGUGCGUGAUUUUGAUUGUCCUCAUCGCCGAAGAAGCAGUCUCUGUAGGAAGUGUGAAGUACCCAGCUCCUUCAGUGAAAUCUUUCUUCCUCUCUUACGGGACGAUGCUUUUCGCCUUCGGGGGAGCAGCGUCUUUCCCGACAUUCCAGAAUGACAUGAGAGACAGAACCUUGUUUCCAAAGGCAGCGACAUUCGGAUUUUUGGCCCUCCUCGCCUUGUACAUGCCUGUUGCUAUCCUUGGAUACUACGUUUACGGUGACAGUUUACAAGCCAACGUCCUGGAUUCUUUGCCAUUUUCUGUCGCCAAAUCAGCGAUUUCUGUCAUGCUGGCUCUGCACAUGUUCUUCGCUUUUCUGUUGGUCAUCAACGCUCCUGCACAAGAUAUCGAAGAAUUUUUUAAGCUUCCAAAAAAUUUUGGAUGGAAACGUGUCACCCUACGAACGAUUAUAAUGGUUGCGGCAGCAUUUGUUGCACUGUCCGUUCCAAGAUUCGGUAAAGUCCUGAAUUUGGUUGGUGGUUCUGCUACAACUUUAACCUCAGUCAUAUUUCCUUGCUUAUUUUAUUUCAAACUUUGCAGCCAGCAAGAUCCAACAUGGCCUGUCAGGUCCAUUUCACUCUUGGAAAAAGUAUGUUUGGUUCUAUUUAUAGGAUGCGGAAUUAUUGGAGGUGGCAUAUCGACUUUUUCAGCUGUUACAGAUAUUGUACAACCUGAUACAUUCAAGCCACCUUGUUAUGUCAAUAUCACCGAAGCGAAUAAAGGAGGAGAUGACACUAACGAAGACGAUACCUCUAAAACAACCGGCCAUGAAAGCAAAGGAUUAUCGUUUUGGAUUGCGUCUGUGUUUAUUGUUGGCCAAAUGGCAGGUAGCGGAGUCCUAGCUUUGCCAGCUGCUAUGCGAGAUGCUGGCUGGAGUGGAAUACCUCUUCUGUUAUUUUCAUGCUUGAAUUCUCUGUACGCUGGAAUAUGUCUUGGUCGUUGUUGGUCUAUACUAGAAGAAAGAUAUGAAGAAUACAAAGGAAAGUGCCGAUAUCCUUACCCGGCUAUUGCCUACAGGGCAUUUGGAAAGAAAACUCAAGUUUUCGUCUCAUUCUGCAUCGACGUCAAUCUGUUUGGUGUGGCCAUUGUGUUUCUCCUUCUAUCAUCUCAGCUGAUCGCGUCUGUCGCUCACAACAGUGGAGUCACAUUCUGCUAUUGGGUCCUAAUAUUAGCUGUCUGUCUCUGUCCCCUGAUGUGGCUGGGAACUCCAGAUGAUUUUUGGCCGGCUGCAGUCAUAGCUCUCGGCACCACCAUCACAGCCUGUGUACUGUUGAUCGUACUCAUUGCAAGAGAUGCUGCGUCCUCCAUUCAUCCUAAUUAUCCUUCUCCUGAUCCUACGAAAUUCUUUCUCGCUUUCGGGACUAUUUAUUUCUCAUUUGGAGGAGCGGCCUCUUUUCCGACAUUUCAGAAUGACAUGAAAAACAGGAAUGAUUUUGCGAAGGCGGCUACUAUGGGCUUUGCCUUUCUACUUCUUUUAUAUUUGCCUGUUGCCAUUCUGGGAUACGUAACAUAUGGCGACAAAGUACAAGAUGAUGUCAUAGAUUCCAUAUCUAACUCUACUGUCAAGUCAGUUAUACAAGUGCUUUUAGCUCUACACAUGCUUUUUGCCUUUCUUUUGGUUAUUAACGCAUCGUCACAAGAAUUCGAGGAAUUUUUCAAAAUUCCCAACAAGUUUGGAUGGAAGAGAGUUGUUAUACGAUCAUCUAUGAUGCUCUUCAUAAUUUUCAUGGCCCAAUCCAUCCCCAAAUUCGGCAAAGUUCUCAGCCUGGUUGGAGGAUCUGCAAUAACUCUAACAGCUUCUGUUUUUCCUUGCAUCUUCUACUAUCGGCUGUGUUCACUAACGCAAUCCGACUGGCCUGAAAGAUACAUUCCUCUUCAUGAAAAGAUAUACUUAAUUGUCAUCAUUGUUUAUGGAAUACUCGGUGGGUGCAUGUCAACAUACGCAGCUGUGAACGGCAUUGUGCAACCAGAUUCUUUUGUACCACCUUGCUAUGUGAAUUCUUCAAUAGCCAAUGCGUUAUAGAAAUUGCUCUCAUACUGCUUUUUCAGUAAAAGCAAAAUUCAAUACACAUCAGACUUAGUCAAGAUGAUACAAUAAGUCACUAUUUUUCUUUUAAGAACUUAUUUUGCUGUGUUUGUAUAUUUUUUGUUGAUAUUUUGUAUAUAAAUAUGGCUCAAUGAAUCAUUAAAGUUAUAAAAAU